AUGUUUCUCUCUGUACAUUUUGUUAAUACUAUUAUACCAUUAUCCAAUGAACAAUUACUUAUUAUUAAUAAAGAGUACAACCGGCUCUAUGCUGAAAAUUGUAAAAGUCUUACUAAUUAUACGUUUUUAACAAAUGAUACACGUGCAACUGAAUUUUUUUCUGAAGUUAAACAUUUACUUGAACAACUAUAUACCAAACCAUUACCUAAAAAACUCGAAGGAAAUGCUCGAUACAUUUAUAAAAUGAUCAAAUCAAUGCGACGAAAAUUACGCAAAGCAAAUAUUGCUAUUGGAAAAACUGAUAAGAAAUUAGCUCAUAUUUAUUUCAAUCUUAAAGUUCAUAAGCCUGAAAUACAAGUUCGACCUAUUGUUGCUUCAAUCAAUGCACCAGCAAGACAAAUAUCAAGUUUUUUAGAUCAACUGCUCACUCCAAUUUAUAAUUAUGUGACAAAAGAUAUAACAUUUAUUAAUAGCAUCGAUUUGAUUCGAAAAUUAAAAGACUAUACAGAAAAAGGUUAUCUCACUUCAACAACAUAA